AUGUCUUCUCGCAAAAUUUUCCUCGUUUCCAUCCUCCGCAACCCCAACCCGGCCUUCGACCUCAGCCCCGACGUCGCCGCCUCCCUCUUUCGCAUUCUCGCCGCCCGCUCCCCCUCCUUCCCCGCCCUCCGCGCUUCCCACGCCCUCCUCAUCGUCUCUGGCGCCGUCCCUUUCCACAAGCAGGUCAACCGCCGCCUCGCUGCCCUCUACUCCCGUCUAUCUCCCGACGACGCCGUCCUCCUCCACUGCCAGCUCCGCUCCCCCGAUCCCAUUAUCUCCGGAUUCGUUAUCAAGUCCCUCGUCCGCCGCCGCCGUGACCCCUCGGACGUCGUCGCUUUCUUCUGCCGCCACGUCCACCCCGUCGGGUGCCGCCCCAGCCGCUGCACCUUCCCGCUCCUCAUCACUUCGUCUAAGUUCUCCGAGUCCAUCCACCAAGGUGAGAUCCUCCACUGCCUUGCGCUGAAGUUGGGAUUUUUGGGCCAUUUGCCCGUCCCCAACUCCUUGAUCCACAUGUACGCGUCUUGCGACGGGUUGGACCUGGCGAGGCAGCUGUUUGAUGAAAUGCCCAAGAAAGACAGAGUCUCGUACAACUCCUUGCUCGAUGGAUAUGUCAAAAGUUGCGAUUUUGAUGAGGCCGAGCGGCUGCUUCGGAUCAUUCCUGAUUGGAAUGUCAUUUCCUGGUCUACUCUGUUCAAUGGGUUUGUUAGGAACCAGAUGUUCUCCAGGGGAAUCCGUUUCUUUCAGCAAAUGCAAAAGCUUGGGGUCGAGCCAGAUGAUUGCUCGGUGGUCAGUUUGCUGGUCGUCUACGCAAAUUAUGAGUUAGCACAGCAUGGGAAAUCGGUCCAUGGGCUCUUGUUGAGGAGAUGGCGACAGAUUCCGCUUCAUGUGAGUAAUGCAUUGGUCAAUUUUUAUUGCAAAUGUGGAUUGUUAGAUGCAGCGGCCAAAGUAUUCGAGAGAACCAUGGAGAAGGAUUUGAUUAGUUGGAACACAUUGAUUUCUGGCUUUGGAAGUAAUGGCCGUGGUGAGGAAGCACUUGGCUUCUUCAAAAGAAUGUUGCAGGAAGGUACGAAACCCAAUGAUAUUACGUUUAUUGGUAUCUUAGUAGCUUGUGCUCAUUCAGGCUUGGUUGAGGAAGCGCUUCACCAUUUUAAGAUGAUGAGCUCCGAGUUUGGUAUGAAGCCAACAUUUGCACAUCACUGGUGUUUGGUGGAUUUAUAUGUUCGUCUUGAAAGUCCUUGCGAUGCACUGAAGGUGAUCCAGGAGAUGCCAUUGUAUAAUCAGUCGGCCAUAUGGGGUGCUGUAAUUUGUCUAGCAAAAGUUCGCGGUGAUAUUAGUGUAGGGGAGCGUCUAGGGAAACAUUUAAUUGAGCUGGAACCAGAUAAUAGCAGAAGGUAUCUGCCUCUAUUAAAUAUUUAUACUGCAGCAUCAAGAUGGGAUAAGUAUAAGGAGUUAAUGGAAUUGAUGAAGGCAAGGGGACUCAAGAAGUUGCCCGACUGUACACUGAUAGACUUGAAUCUUGUUGUUCACAAGUUCUUGGUGGGUGAUAAAUCCCAACCAGAAAUCGAGAAAGUUUAUGGAGUGUUGGAGAAUAUUGCAAACCAACUGAAAUUGCAGCCUCCCAAGGCCGAUGAUGCCAUGGUUGAUGCAAUUUAG